CCCGGGCGCUGGGCCGCCGGGACCCGGGAGGCUCAGCCAGCCGGCGCGGGGGCGCGGCCAGAGCGCAGCGGGGCGCCCGGGCGGGGUCCGCGCCGAGCCGCCGCCUCGGCCGGCUGGUCCCUGCGGCGGCUGCCUGGGCUCCCCGGGCGCACGGCCCUUCGCCAUGUACACCUUCGUGGUGCGCGACGAGAACAGCAGUGUCUACGCGGAGGUCUCUCGGCUGCUUCUCGCCACCGGCCACUGGAAGAGGCUGAGACGAGACAACCCCAGGUUUAACUUGAUGCUGGGAGAGAGGAACCGGCUGCCCUUCGGGAGACUGGGUCACGAGCCUGGGCUGAUGCAGUUGGUGAAUUACUACAGAGGGGCUGACAAACUGUGCCGAAAAGCUUCCUUAGUAAAGCUACUGAAGACAAGCCCAGAACUGACCGAGUGCUGCACGUGGUUCCCUGAGUCCUAUGUGAUCUAUCCAACUAAUCUUAAGACUCCAGUUGCUCCAGCGCAGAAUGGAAUCCAGCCACCCAUCAAUAACUCAAGGACAGAUGAAAGAGAGUUCUUCCUGGCUUCUUAUAACAAAAAGAAAGAAGAUGGAGAGGGUAACGUUUGGAUUGCAAAGUCAUCAGCCGGUGCCAAAGGUGAAGGCAUUCUCAUCUCCUCCGAGGCUUCAGAGCUUCUCGAUUUCAUAGACAACCAGGGCCAAGUGCACGUGAUCCAGAAAUAUCUUGAGCACCCUCUGCUUCUCGAGCCGGGUCACCGCAAGUUUGACAUUCGAAGCUGGGUCUUGGUGGAUCAUCAGUAUAAUAUCUACCUCUAUAGAGAGGGUGUGCUCCGGACUGCUUCAGAACCAUAUCAUGUUGAUAAUUUCCAAGACAAAACCUGCCAUUUGACCAAUCACUGCAUUCAAAAGGAGUACUCAAAGAACUAUGGGAAGUAUGAAGAAGGGAAUGAAAUGUUCUUCCAGGAGUUCAAUCAGUACCUAACAAGUGCUUUGAACAUUACCCUAGAGAGUAGUAUCUUACUACAAAUCAAACAUAUAAUAAGAAGCUGCCUCCUGAGCGUGGAGCCUGCCAUCAGCACCAAGCACCUCCCUUAUCAGAGCUUCCAGCUCUUCGGCUUCGACUUUAUGGUGGAUGAGGAGCUGAAGGUCUGGCUCAUUGAGGUCAACGGCGCCCCUGCUUGUGCUCAGAAGCUUUAUGCAGAACUGUGCCAGGGCAUCGUGGACAUAGCCAUAUCCAGUGUCUUCCCACCCCCAGAUGUGGAAGCGCCGCAGACCCCACCGGCCUCCUUCAUCAAACUGUGAUGCCCAGAGCUGCCUUGGAAAAAGCUGAGGGUCCUGCGCCAGGGGCUGGUGAGAUGGCCGGAUUGUUCAUUACCAAGCCAAAGCGAGGGGGAAGAAAGACAACUCAAAAAGAUGGGAUGGAAGAGAGCAUGUGAGCGGACAAGGUGACUCCCCCAAAGCAGGUUGCUAGGGGAGUGGUCCAGGUGGAGCUCUCAACAAUGCUGCCGAGACUUUUGAAAACUGAAGCAGAUGUCUCUGAAGGAUGAGCAAAAUAUUCUCCUAAAGGGAGACAGCCAGGGGUUUGGUUGUUUUAUGUUCUCAUCCUUUAAAACAAUCUUGGUACUCAAAGGCAGCCUUGUGAGCAGAGAACCCUCCCCUGUCUCUGGGGGCAGUGGGCCUCCAGGACCUCUGGUCUGUGCCCCCACCUGCUAUAGCCCUAGUGCCUUAACUCCAUACCCGCUGCAGCCCUGCUGUUCUGGGACGUGGAGUGGACGUCAAAGCAUCUUGGAGGUCACCCACGUGUUCCCCGCUCAUCCUCUCAUGACAUCCUGCCCCCUAAACUCUGGACAAGCAUGCACCAACAGUCCAUAGUUUCGUGCUGUGCGCCAGCCUCUUGGCAAAGGCGAUUUUCCUCAUCACCUUCCUGAUGGUGUUUGGUCAGUCGCCCGUCAGGGUUCCUGUAGGUCAGGCCCCAGAUAGCAAACUGCUGCUCUAGGUCUGCUCUCUGCAUGUUUUAGAAACAAAGUGGCAAGUCUGCUCUGAACCUGUAAGCAUCAUAUAAGCAUGAGAGAGAAAAAACAUACCUUGCUUUGCUUAAAUAGGUUGGGUGUGGUGGGUCUUUGAAAAUAAGAGGAUUUUCAAUUAUCUUUGUUUUAACCAGAAUUCUAAAUGCAGCUUUGCAAAUAUCCCUUGACUCUUUUUUAGAUCUUUGUCAAAAAACCUUUCUAGGAGUCAGGAGAAAGUAGAAUUCCACUCUCUAUUCCCCACCUUCAGCUGGCCCUGCCCCAGACACAAGUAGCUGCCCCCCCUCCUUUUGUUCUCCUGUGCUCCUUCAGCAGGGGUGGAGGUUUUGUUCCAGGAAGGGUUCUAUGCCUACCUGCACCUGCAGGCACCAGGAGACUAUGUCCUGCCUAAAUGGGAAAGUCUUCUACAGUGGGAGAGAAAUGGUUUCAGAGCUCCACGCAGUGUUUUGUGAGUUCUAACAGAUAUGUGGUGUUACAUGUGGUUUCUAUGUACUAGAUGGGCUAAUAAAACUUUACAGGCUUUCCAGGAGGCCACAGUACUAGCAAUGGGAAGAACACGAUGUCAUUUGUGUUCAAUGUGAACUGAGUUAACAGGCCUUUCUUCUAAUGUCCUGAAAACCACAGCAGACCCAUUGAACACUGCACUCCGCCCCAGAACACGGCAUGUUCUUUCUUCAUGCAUAUGUGUGCUCCAUUAUUCAUUUCUACUUGGCCUAGAAAACAUUUCUGCAGUCAGAUGAGACUUUAACAAAACAGAAGAAAAUGCAGCACCUUGAACAUGAUGAGAUAGAAGAGCUUACAGUGAGAAAAGGGAUAAUGAUAGGAAUUAUUUAAUAAGUGCACACAGCAAGAGGUGAUUGGAUGUGAGCAUGUUACAUUAGGUUAAGUGAAGAUGGGCCCAAUUGCAUUGGCUCUUGUGGGAAUUUGGAAUUACAAAAUAAAAUUGCUGGUGGUUACCCAGCAUACAAAUUAUAAAAGUUUGCAUGUAGAGCAAAGUAAAAGUCAUUGGUAAUAGUGAAUCCUAGAGGCCCAGUGCAGUGAUAGAUUAGUACUUGGAAACUUCUGAGAAAGGAAUGAGGUCUGAUCAGAUCCUGAGAAGAUGCACACCCAUUUAGAAAGGAUGGAAUACUGGGUCCUUGUCAAGUUAAGUGGGCUGGUAACAGGAAAUGAAUGAAAGUUUUUGUAAUGAUGUCAUAUGCUAAUUACACAGAUGUGUAAUUAUCUUUUGGACCCAAAUUAUAGGGACAGUCAAAAGUUUUCUGGCCUUUCCAGUGACAGAGCUAAGAAUUCAGUUGUUAGGAAACCUGUGAAUCUUGUUGGAUUUUUCUAAGAAAUCUAAAUCAGUAACAUAUGUGUGAGGGAAGUAAGACUUUAAAAAAAUUAGAAAAAGUUGUAUUUCAUUCUCAUGUGACUUCAAAUAAGUAUCUAUUUUAUGCACUUCUUUUUAAAAAAAAUUUUAAA